GGACCCCUGAGGGGAAGGACUGCAAGUAUUUCUACUGGCCAGUGAGUUUUCUUCUUCCGGUUCCGUUUUUUUUUAAGUGGUCCGCCGAGAGUUGGAAGGCAACUCUUUGAGCUAGGGUCACUGCUGGCGGAAAAGAAGGGAACUGCCAGUGUACCGACCUUUUGGAGAAGUGGUCGGGGUUGCGGACACUCUUCAAGUGGAAGAGAAGAUAACUUGGACAAAUAAAGACUGACAGUGAGGAUAAAAUAUUUGGAUUAUGUCAAGAUGAGCUUCCUAUUGCCCAAGCUAACUAGCAAAAAAGAAGUAGACCACGCAAUAAAAAGCACUGCAGAGAAGGUGUUGGUUCUCAGGUUUGGGAGAGACGAGGAUCCUGUCUGUCUGCAGCUAGAUGAUAUUCUUUCUAAGACCUCUUCUGACCUGAGUAAAAUGUCUGCUAUAUAUCUGGUCGACGUGGACCGAACUCCAGUUUACACGCACUAUUUUGACAUCAGUUAUAUUCCAUCUACUGUGUUUUUCUUCAAUGGGCAGCACAUGAAAGUGGAUUAUGGGUCUCCCGAUCACACUAAGUUUGUGGGAAGUUUCAAAACCAAGCAAGACUUCAUAGAUUUGGUUGAAGUAAUUUAUCGAGGAGCAAUGAGGGGAAAGCUUAUUGUCCAAAGUCCUAUUGAUCCCAAGAAUAUUCCCAAAUAUGACCUUCUCUAUCAAGACAUUUAGCGCCUUCAGUACUGUCAAAGUUGAAGAAAAAAAGCACAUCUUGAAACAGUACCUGAGCCUAGCUGUGCCGUUUUCCUGGAGUCCUUCAGACAUGUGCCCAGCGUCGCAGCAGAGAAGAGUGCUGACUUGGGUAGAAGAUCCCCCACCCCCAAGUAGAAGACCCUGCGGUGGGCAGGGAUACUUAAACGUCUGUACCCUGCAAACCCCAGAACGGUCAAGACGACCGGGGUCAGUUUUUUAAAACUGAUAUUGUGCUUCUCUUUAUUCCUUAAGAUGAUAAGGAACCCUUCUAAACAUUGGCUAGCAUAUUUAUGUUUAUUUUGAUAUACAAGUAAAAUAGAAAAUCACUUCCCACAAGAGCAGAAGUACAUAUUUUCUACCCUCGAUGUGCCCACACACACGCCCUCCCCUCACCCAUUCCUCCACUCGUGUGUGUGUAUAUCAUGCUCUCCUGUCUCCAGUCCCUGUUAUCUCAGUUUCUCUUGGAAUAAAUGAUUCUCUACUGAGAGUGAGAAAAUGUUUUAUUUUGGAAACUUUCUGGCUUACACUUAAACAGUAUCCCGAUUUGCUCAUUUGACUAGGUUUUAUGUUAUUAAAUUGCCCAAGAAAUGGGACAUUGAACCUUUACCAUCCAGCACCCAAUUUAAGCUGAACAAAAAAUAACUACCCUUAGUAAGUAGGAGCAGAUUUCUCCCAGAAGUCCCAGUUCUGCCUUUUUCUGAAGCAAAGGAUUUUACUCCAAGGAUUCAAGACUGAAAAGAGAUGUCAGAAUCCUUAAAAAGAAAUAACAACUUUGUGAUAUUUGCCUGUUUUAAUAACUUUAUGAAGAAUUCUUGCACUUCCAGCAGCCCUGGCAUAACCUGCCACCACUUGGGCAAGACCCUACUUCUCUCAAAACCUCACUGAGCCUCUGGAUACUGACUUUCUGGAACAGGGGAGUAAGUGCAGAGCCGGAGCACAGUGCGCCAGGCAGCAUCGACUUGCUCGGGAAGCAGCGUCCUCGCAGCUCUGUGCAGACCAGCACUGACUCUGCAAGUUCACUCUCCCCUUCACGGGGCACUUCCUUUCCAAGCCUUUUCUGCAGGAACAGGUGACCGCGCGUCCUCGUUCUCACUGACGUGGCCUAGAAGGAAGGCUGCUGUGGCCUUUGUGUCCUUUGCUGAUGAAAGGGGAGAGCCGCUCCAGGAAUAAUGUGGGGAACUGGCAGCAACCGUCCCAGGACCGUGAGGACCAGCGUUGGGACGAAACGUGAACGUGCGGAGACAAACAAUAAAACCCCAGGUCCCUGGUGAUGCUACUGAGCUACUCAGUGAACUCUAGACUGCCUCCUUGGACAAAGAAUAAAAUGUCUUCAUUGCCUGUCA